GAUACGAAUGAUGAUGAUGUGUUUACACCGUGGCUGGAGUAAAGAAUUUGCAAUGUUUCGAAAAAAGUCUGGGUGUGAUUUUUAAAUAGUUUUCGUUGUAAAAAUCCGUGUUUUACGUAAAAAUCUAGUUUUAUAACAUCAUCCCGUACAAUGACGAUCGAGGAUCGGGUAGUGGCCCGCUUCAACAAGGAGCUGGGUUCGGAAUUCGACGCCCUCAAGAAGAAUGAAUCCGUACUGCAGAGCUAUCGUGCGGACUUGGAACGUCUGGCUGGUAGGAUUACCCUGCCGGAUGAGAACUGCAUGCCGGAGCUGAAGAAUGCGAUACAGUCAUGCUCGUGGAAGCACACGGAGCUGGAGGAGGCGGCCGAUAAUCUGGAAGCGUUCGAGGAGAAACUGAUGGAGCGAAUUGAGAAGCAUAAGGAAGUACUGGAGCGGAUCGAUGGCCAUUUGAGAAAGAUUAAAAGGCUAGAUAAUAUGAAGGAGUAUUUCAAAAUUUUGCUGGACAUUCAAAGUAUCAGUCAGGAGUUGACUGUGUCCAUCAACGGGAAGGACGAGAAUAAGACGAUCAGCCUGUAUGUGGCUUUGAGCGGGCAUUCGAAUAGCAUUUUGGAUCGAUUGAAUGGAUUGGAGUCGCCUCACUUAAAAAUGUACGCCAGGAAUACGGCCUUCUACUGGCACGACAUCCUGAAGGAGAAAUUCUCGAAAGAGUUUGAAGCAAUACUCAGGGCGAUAAAGUGGCCAAACUUGAACCAAACGCUGGAACUGUUCAACCCUUCCAAAGAAAACCUCCACAAACUGUCCAUAUUUGCGGAGUACCUCUUCCUGGUAAAGAUUCCCGGCGAUCAGAACCUGCUGAGCGUCAAGCUGACCCCGUCGAUCAUCUGCCCACCGAUAACGGCACCGAACGAGCUUCUGCUGAAGCCCUUCCGACUUCGGUUCACUUUUCACUUUUCCGGCAACAAGCAAACCAACCGACUGGACAAACCCGAAUGGUACUUCACGCAGGUGCUUUCCUGGGCCAAGGAGAACCACGUGUUCGUGGGGCAGAACUUCCAGACGCCGGCCAUCAAGGCGGGAGUCGUCAACCACAACGUUCGGCUGGAAUUCAUCCGAGGCCUAGUACAGCUGGCCAUCGAGAAGCUUGUGGACGACAUAGAUAGUAUUUCUCAGGACGAGGCCUUGUUCGGUCAUCUGAUCGACGAAAUUCUUUCCUUCGAACAGGAGCUGAAAACAACCCUAGGAUAUCCGUCGAGUUUCCCCAGCGCCGUCUCAGUCCUAAUCCAGCCCAAGUAUCUGGUCAAGUGGAUGGCAAUCGAGGAGAAGUUCACGACCGACAAGAUGGACGCCAUGCUAAAAAGCGAGGACCCGUGGAAGUUCCUCGAUCCAGCCAAUUUAGAUGACAUGAAAAUUCCACGCUGUGCGGAUCAAUUCAUAAGAUUGUUGGAUGCGAUCCGGGAGCGUUACUGCUCCUUGCCACAACCCGGUCAGCAGCUGCAAUUUCUAGAACUUCAACUCGAACUGAUCGACAACUUCCGGCGAAGGUUGGUUCAGUUGCACAACAGUCCCGGUCCGGAUUGCGUCAGCUCAACCAAGAUCCUCAAUGCCAUCAAUUACAUCACCUCGGUGCUGCGGGAAUGGGGCGAGAAUGUGCACUACCUGCACCUGCAUGCCGCCCUGUAUGGGCCUCACGCGGACGAAAUCAGCUCGGUGUUUGACAAAACGAUCGAAGAGAUGGACCACUGGCAGAGGGCUUUGGUCAAGGAUCUGGCCUCACGGGUAGUGGACGAUGUGAAGGCUAAAUCGCGUCCCUACCGGCACGAUCACUGGCUUACCAUGAACCAACUGGACACGAAGGAAACGUUCAUGCUGUCGGCCAGCGCCAGCGAGAUGUUCCAGAUUUUGGUCAACCACCUGCACAGCCUGGAGGCGGAACUGUCGGCCAACGUGUUCUCGAUCGUGAUCCGGCUGAUCGCCCUGCAACUGGACGAGUGGUUCAUCGAUGGAAUGGUCAUGAAUACGAAGUUUUCCACGGGGGGAGCUCUGCAAUUCCAGUUCGAUAUGACGAGGAACCUGUUUGCUCUGCUCGGGCAGUACGCCAGAAAACCAAGCUUGCUGUUCAAGAGAAUAAGCGACACUUGCGUACUGCUGACCAUGCCACUGGGUUCGGCCAUGUUGCUGCAUGAGACGCUCAGUUCAUCGGAGCAGACGGAGGACACCGUGCGAAAUACCUUGAAGGAAGUUGGCCUGUCUAUUCUGGGUAAAACUGCGGCCCUUGAAAUACUGGAGAGGCGAAACGAUAUUGUUAUUGCAUAAUUGCGUUGGUUUAAGUGCACGUGCGGAUUAGUUACACGAGGCGAUAUUGUGUUGUUUGAGCAAUAAAGCUUGCAUCGAUAGUUUCGGUUAUUCUGUUAAAAAUAUAAAUUAUUGAUUUUAAUAAAGUUUUCCAAGUUUUCUAGGUGUAA